AUGGCACCUGAUAAAAUGCACAGUGCAUUUAGUGUAAACAUCAUGAACAAUGAAGAAGUAGUCUGCCCACAUAACGCGAAUCUACUUAAGGCAAAGAAGAAUAGGAAGGAUCAACAGAAGCCAGCUACAUGUAUUACCAACUCAAGGGAGGCAGUAGUCGUCCAUGCUCUGGAAACGAUUGGCUUGAAGUCGAAGGAGAAGAGAAAGGAAAAGGCGAUGAAGAAAGUGAAGUCUAAGGCAACUUGGAAGAAGAAGCCGGCGGAGAAGGUUAAGUCGCCUAUGGAAGGAGGAGGAAAUUGGUCAAAGAAGGUGGAGAAGAAGAAGGAGAAAGAGAAAGAGAAUGAGAAGAAGAAGAAGAAGAAGAAGGAUGGAGGGAAAUUGGGAAGGAAAAAGAAGAAGGCUGAAACGGAUAAAUAA